UGAAUAGUAAGGAAUUUAGAAGGAUCAGUAGCUUCAUCCUCACCAUCGCGCAUAUUUCUAGGCGUUUUGGCGGCUUCAAAAUGGCAUUAUGGCAGCCAAGGAGAGCUCCGAGACCUUUAGUGGUCCACUACAGAAGCAAAGGAAAGUCAAGUUCCUCCAAACCAUGCAGCCUGUCCUAUCCAGACUGUACCAGGAGGAUAGUCUCACUGAUGUGGAGGUUAGAGUAGGGGCAGAUACAGUACAGGCACACAGUGUGGUCUUAGCUGCCAUCAGCAAUGUUUUCUACAACAAACUAUCAGCAAAAUCCAAGACUGGAGGGAGGGUGACAUCACUUGAUGUCACAGACCGUGUGUCAAAAAAGGAACUAGAUGCCUUUCUGGAUUAUGCGUAUGAUACUGAGCGCAGUGGACACACUACUGCUAAUAUUGAGAACAUCUGCAAGAAACUCAAUGCCAAGUUUGACCCGGAGGAAGUCCCAUCAUCUAAGAUGCUGCAGGAAGUCUUGUAUCCAAACUUCUACAUCUUCCAGACGUUUCAGAGGUUCUGCGAUGUAGCGGUUUGCGUAGAAGGAAAGACGUUUUUCUCGCACCGAGCAGUACUCGCAUGUUCUUGCCCAUACUUUUAUUCCUUCUUCACUUGUGGACUGCAGGAUAGUCGAGAUGACAUGAUCACACUUCAAGGAAUUUCUUCGGAAAGUUUUGCAAAAAUUCUGCACUUUAUUUACACCACAGAACUUGAGCUGUGUCUCGAGACUGUACAAGAUGUUAUGGUGACUGCCAACUUUCUCCAGGUGCCAGAAGUCUUAGAUAUGUGUGCUGAGUUCCUGUAUUGUGAAGUGAACUUGGAGAACUGUGGAGAAAUCUUGGGGCUUUGCGAAGACUUUAAUCUUGCUGACUUGAGACUGAAGAUACUAGAGUUUGUGAGAGACUGUAGAGUUGAAGAUGUGGAGAAUUUGGGACUGUCUUCUCAAGAUUUAGCACUACUGAAGACCCUCCCUAAGAGAAGACUGGUUGCUGCUGCCUAUGAUUUCUACCUGUACACCGAGGGAACCAGGACAUGGACCAUGAUCACAUCCCUACCUGAAGGACCAAGAAGCCAGGAGGCCUUCACGUCUGCCAGUCUUGGUAACUGUGUGUAUGUGGUAGGAGGCAAACAGUACCAACCUUACACCGUAGGUCCUGCCUUGUCUAAAGCACAGGUGUACAAUCUUAAGACAAACACCUGGCGAGACAUCGCAUCCUUACAUCAGGAGAGGAAAUACCACUACAUGGUUGGUUUGAAUGGAUGGGUGUAUGCUAUGGGAGGGAUGGACUCGAAAUCACAAUGUCUCCACUCUGUUGAGAGAUACAACCCUACAGGAGACUACUGGGAGUUUGUAGACUACUUACCGUUGGAUUUCACCAUGUGCUCUGUUACUACAUGCAUGGGAUAUGUAUUUGUGAUGGGAGCGACUACAGAAAAUCAACACAAACUGUUAUACUACGAUCCUGAAUGCGAUACAUGGAUAGAUUUUGGGUUGAAGAUACCGGAAUGUUUUGAGAUUCCGGUUACAAUCGUAGGUUAUAGAGAGCGGUUGUACUUUUUUGUCGGAUAUGGGGCGGACAUGAUGAUGUUGAAUAUACGGACUGGCCGGUGGACUCAUAUCAGUACCUGCACGCCGUGUGUGUGUAUAGCGGGUGGUACGAGAUAUGGUGUCCAUGGUAACGUACUGUUCCAUAUCGAUAGGAGUAUGACGUUAGGUUAUGACGUGGAAGAAGAAAGGUGGAAUAGGUUUGGGAAGUUCCCCAAAGUUGGGACAUUCCAACUACAUUCAGUUUUGAAGGGGUGAUAUGUUAGUGUUCCUUAUUGAAGAAAGUCAAGAUUAUGCUGCAUAGUUUAAAUGGAAAUUUGAUAUCGAAUGCUGAGUUAAAAAGUGAUUAUUUGUGAAGAGUUACAAGGGACAGAAGUUGCAAAUGCACCAGAAAGAAUAAUACAUGAUGAAAUGGAAAAAUGAUAUAUUAAAACUGCCAAUGCAACAUAGUAUACAAAAUCAAAUUUAUUUACAAUAUCAUUACUUUCUACUUAAGAUAAUGCAUUGUUUGUGGCAGUGUUUUGGCUAUUGUUUCUAAACCUGUGCUUUGGUGUAAGAAGUUUUGCAUCUUUUGUCAGCUUAAAAGCUGUUAUAUAGUGAUAUGGAUAUCGAUGAACUGUGAAUGUUGAGAUAAAGGUACCUAAAGUGUAUAUAUUAGAAUUGCUCUUUGCAUAGUCAUGCUAGUUUGGAAAGAUGUUAUCAAAUAUGAUAAACAGGCUGGAGACAGACAUAAUAAGUCAGGAGGAUAUGAAGAAAAAUUUAACUUGGCCCAAAUAACUCGACCAAGUACAUUUAUUGCCUAAACCAUAACAUUCUUCUUUUUAACAUUAAUUAUUUGCAAGCAUAAACUCAUACUUUUUCUGUUUCUUUUCUAUCAAUGUCCAAAAUCUAAUAAGAAGACUAUCUGCAGUGAUAUGAAAUCGUAAAGAAGUAAAUGGAUCAAAUGAAUUAUUUCCAAAAGUUACAUUUUCAUCGCAAACUUAAAGGAAUACUCUGAACUGAAGUAAACCUUCCUGUGUUUGUCAGAAUUGUAAUCCUUGGAAGAUAAAAGUGCCUGAAUAUUAUGUCUUUUUAAUGUGCAGAAAUGGUGUAAUUAUAAGAUACACUCCUGUAACAAUCUUCUUAUCUGCAUCACCAUGCUUACAUACCUGUAAACUAAGAGUACUCGUACUAGUAACUAUAUGAGUAUUCGUACUAGUAUGCCAAAUUGUUUGUUUGACUAAAGUGAUGCCAUAACUGUAUAGAAUAUGUAUCUUCCCUCCUCUAAAAAAAUAAUUUUUUUACAUACAUUGUACAAUGUACAAAGUAAGCGUCUUUUCAAGAAGUGGUGUUUGGACCACUAUCUAUCCUCUAGCAUUUCCUGCUCGUCUAUUUCAGAAUGUACAAAUUU